GAGAUACUGUAUUCUUAGUUUUAAUUAAUGGAUUUAUCACAUUAAUAUUGGCUUGUUUACAUCACUUUUGUAAACACAGCAGUACAAAAUGCUGAUUUUACAGAAAUGCUUAUGUAACUCCACAAUUAUGUAUAUAAUAUAUUUCCAAAGUUUCCAAAUUUACGGACGAUGGAUAGUGAUAUAAACAUAAGUUUGGCCAAGAAAGCUGCUUUAAAUAUACAUGCGGUGAAGAUUUGGGCCCAAAAUAUUUAGAUGGACCUUGUUUGAAGCUUGUUAGAUGGAUCUCUUGUUAUCGGUCUCCAAGAAUGGGCCUAAAUCCCUCAGGGUCACCUUGUUGUUACUGAAGAGGCUUGGGAGCUAGUAGAAACGUAUAUUGUUAUCAUCAUGAGACAUAUGUCCCUCCACUAGUAUGAACUCCCUCUGACUUUCUCAUUACUAAAGGUCUAUUUACCAUUUGUUAUAAACAAAGCACAGCAAAUAUCAGGACCUAGUCAGACUAGAAUCUAUAGCUGCAAUGUCUCCUGAAGGACGGAGUUGCAGGCUAAUAAAAUGGCCCUGUAUGUUGCUGUGAAUACCAACUUGUGCUUAGUGGAGAUGGGUGUUGCCAUGGUGAUUGUACCCAUUCUUCCUCUUGGAACAUUAAGAACAUAUUCAGACUUGUUUGCCACAGAUAAUGUGGAAAGGAUUUGAACUUCGUUGCACAAUGUCAGCGAUGUGCUGACAUCAAAUGAAAACAACAAUGGAAACCUGCAGAGUCCCUAUUGACAGAUCCUCAGGGACCCAGUCUGGCUGAGGAGGACAUAAAGACAGAGUCUGAUGUGGUAGAGGGGAUGAAUGCAUCUGCACGAUCCAAAGUCCCUGAUCCACCAGGGUCAGUGGAACGACCAGUGGCACCACAGAAGAGAAAGGUGUCCAGUCCCACCCAUUCUUCCAAUGGACACUCUCCCUCGGACACCUCCCCGAGCCCUCUCAAGAAAAAGAAGAAGCCUGGGACCGUCAACUGUCACAAAGACCAGUCAGAGCUAAGACAUGGUCCCUUUUACUAUAUGAAGCAGCCAGCACUCACCACAGACCCUGUUGAUGUUGUACCGCAGGACGGCAGGAAUGACUUCUACUGCUGGCUGUGCCACCGCGAGGGCCAGGUGCUCUGCUGUGAGCUCUGCCCCAGGGUGUACCACGCCAAGUGCCUCAAACUACCAGCUGAGCCCGAGGGCGACUGGUUCUGUCCAGAGUGUGAGAAAAUAACAGUUGCUGAAUGCAUUGAAACCCAGAGCAAGGCAAUGACAAUGCUGACAAUAGACCAACUCUCCUACUUGCUCAAAUUUGCACUCCAAAAGAUUAAACAGCCUGGGACUGAGCCUUUCCAGAAACCUGUGUCUCUGGAACAGCACCCGGAUUAUGCAGAGUAUAUAUUCCACCCCAUGGACCUGUGUACUUUAGAGAAGACUAUCAAAAAGAAAAUGUAUGGCUGCACUGAAGCCUUUCUUGCUGACAUGAAAUGGAUCUUACACAACUGCAUCAUCUAUAAUGGAGGUAAUCACAAAUUAACAGCAACUGCAAAAGUCAUCGUCAAGAUUUGUGAACAUGAGAUGAACGAGAUUGAGGUGUGUCCAGAGUGCUAUCUGUCUUCAUGCCAAAAAAGGGACAACUGGUUUUGUGAGCCAUGUAGUCAACCACACCCCCUGGUCUGGGCUAAGCUAAAGGGCUUUCCCUUCUGGCCAGCAAAAGCACUUCGGGAAAAGGACGGGCAAGUAGACGCACGCUUCUUUGGGCAACAUGACAGGGCCUGGGUACCCAUUAACAACUGCUACCUCAUGUCCAAAGAGAUCCCUUUCUCUGUUAAGAAGACAAAGAGCAUUUUCAACAGUGCCAUGCAAGAGAUGGAAGUCUAUGUGGAAAACGUUCGCAAGAAAUUUGGGGUCUUCAACUAUGCACCCUUCCGCACUCCCUACACACCCAACAACCAGCUACAGAUGCUACUGGACCCAUCCAACCCCAGUGCUGGGACCGUGAAAACAGAGAAAACGGAUAAACUUCGCUUCAACUUUGAUAUAACCGCAUCUCCUAAGAUGGUCCUCAGCAAGAGUUCCACACCCAGCGGCAUGAGUCGGAGGGUCUCAAUGACAGACAUGCCUCGGUCACCGAUGAGCACUAACUCCUCAGUUCACACAGGGUCCGAUGGGGAGCAGGAUAUGGAAAAGGCCGGCAGGAAUCCUGCCUUCCACUACAGCACUGGAGAGGAAUCGAUGGACUGUACUGCAUCUCCUGUCUCUGGGAAGAUGGGUCCCGCAGGUAGUAUGGCAGGCAGCCCGAAACCCUUUAGCCCUAGUCUGGUGCCCAAGCAGGAGAGGACUGCAGGCACUGGUGGCAUCCUCAAUCUCAACCUGGAUCGGGUGAAAGCUGAGAUGGAUCUGAAGGAGCUGAGUGAGACCGUGCAACAACAACAGCAGCAACAUCAGCAACAACAAGGAGCGUCGGCUCCCCUCCCCACCACAAAGAGACCCAUCAGGAGUCUGGACAAGACUAUUGAGAGCUGCAAAGCACAGCUUGGAAUAGAUGAGAUCUCUGAAGAUGUGUAUAAAGUGGAUCACAGCGACUCUGAGGACUCUGAGAAAUCUGACUCAAGUGACAGCGAGUAUCUCAGCGACGAGGAACACAAGCCAAAGAGCUCCGCCCAGGACGACAAGGAAAAAGCAGAGAGAAAAAGGCCCAAAGCAAGUGCGGAGGAAGAGAAUAAGGAGGGAGUUGCAGGGACAGCUGAUAAAGCCAACCCUGAACCCCUGCUCAAAGACAAGCAGGGUAGCAUUGGCCCAGAUAGGGACCUCCAGGACAAGCCCAGAAUGCCCCAGUCUCAGCCUCUCGUUGACAACAAACCCAAAGCCCCCGAGGAGGGCAGAGCAGCUACUGCCACAUCAGCGGCUGAGCAAGACUCUGAUUCUGAAAGAGAGCUGGUGAUUGACCUUGGUGAUGAACAUGGAGGCCGUGACUCAAAAAGGGCAAAAAGAGAGCCAGGGGCUUCUGCUGCCAAAACUCUCAAAGAGCCUAAUGUUGCCAAGUUGGAAGGAAAACUGCCUUCAUCUGCUGCAGCCGCACCAUCACGAGAAGCCGCCUCUAACCGGAAAGACUCUUUGCAACCCACCAUCACAGCAGCCCUCAACCUUGUUUCCACUGCAGCUUCUGGUCAGCCCAGUGCCACCGCGUCUACCAGCGGUUCAACCAGUGCACCCUCUCCUGCCUCCACCUCAGGUUCCACAACAUCCCCAGUACCCGCAGCUGUAAAGAAACAGCGCCCUCUACUGCCUAAAGAGACAGCUCAAGCAGUGCAGCGGGCGGUGGUUUGGAAUCCAACCAAAUUCCAGACGUCCUCUCAGAAGUGGCAUAUGCAGAAGGUGCAGAGGCAGCAGCAGGAAGAGCAGUCAGCAGCGCAGACACCGGCCCAGAGUCCGGGGCAGACGCGCAGCCCACAGCAGCUGCAGUCACAACAGCAGAACUCCUCCUCAAGUACCCGCUAUCAGACCAGACAGGCAGCCAAGGUGCAAAAAGACGUACCUCAGGGUACUUCCUCAUCCACAGCUGCCCAGGUCACAUCUGGCAGCUCCUCUUCUUUCAUGUCAGGAGACUUGCAGAUCCCUACAGGCUCAGCAGAGGUGGCUGCAGAUAUAGCCAAGUACACCAACAAAAUUAUGGACACAAUAAAAGGGACAAUGACUGAAAUAUACAAUGAUCUUUCCAAAAGCACAUCAGGAAACACAAUUGCAGAGAUUCGACGGUUAAGGAUAGAGAUUGAGAAACUCCAGUGGCUGCAUCAACAAGAGUUAUCAGAGAUGAAACACAAUCUCGAACUGACGAUGGCAGAGAUGAGGCAGAGUCUGGAGCAGGAAAGAGAGCGGUUGGUGGCUGAGGUGAAAAAGCAGAUGGAGUUGGAAAAGCAGCAGGCAGUGGACGAGACCAAAAAGAAACAGUGGUGCGCUAACUGCAGGAAGGAAGCCAUCUUCUACUGCUGCUGGAAUACCAGUUACUGUGAUUACCCCUGUCAGCAAGCCCACUGGCCAGAACACAUGAAGUCCUGCACACAGUCAGCCACAGCUUCGCAGCAAGAGCCAGAAGCAGAGUCCAACUCUGACCCUUCAUUGAAAUCUUCAAGCCACUCUCCAGCCACACAGACCCUGCCCUCAGGAGCGGGAUCCAUAUCAGACAAAAGCAACUCUCCCACAUAUUUGGACAAGAGCAAGGACAGUGCUGGAGUUACUGUGACCUAACUGCUACACUACAGAUACACUCGCACAUUUUGCAAGGCCGCUGUGGGGCUUGUCGUGUCAGACAUGAUACGGCUUCAAACUUGGUGCUUAAAGGCCUGCGUGACAAAUCACUUUGAUUUUUCCAUUCCCACGUGUACAUCUGCUUGGUGGACUUUUUUUUUUUUUUUUUUUUUUUGGUUCAUCUCUCAUUUGCAGUUAUCACAAGUCUGUGUUUAGGUGGAUUCACCAUGUGAAAGUAGUCUGUCUUGAGAAAUAAAAUGUGAGGUUGUAUGUUUUCAUACUGUAGUUUUGUUAGAGCUUUGUUACCACUUUGUUUCAAGUCUGAACAAGAUUGUAUCAACCCACAGAAUAUUUACACUUUUUCAAUGCUGCUCUUAAGUACUUUGUUUUUAUUUUGUUGAUUGCUCUCCAUAUAAUGAGACAAAAAUAGCCAUUGACAGUUUAUAUUCAUUCAUCGUGGUUCCAUCAGAGGUAUUUUGAGUUAUGCAAGUUUCAUCUUUAUGUUUUAAACCAUGUCUGCUUCGUGUCAACCGAGAUAUUUUGAGCAAUGCAAAUUUAAACAUUGUUUUCAACUAUGUCCUUUUCAUGUCAGCCGGGGCAUUUUUGGCUCAUUCAUUUUGUAUUGUAGUUCCACAUUGUAAAGACCUACAUAAAAAAUAUCUGUGAUUUAUUCAAAGAACUAAAAAAUGUAAACUGUACAAAGUUUUUUUGUAAGAAAAUACCUGAACAAUAUUUAUAGUGUUAUAUGUUUUAUAGUAUGUUUAAUGAAAUAACAUUUCUAUGUGUCCAAAAAAAGUUAUUUGAAAAUAAAUUACUUCAUAUGAAUGUCACUUCUUAGCGAAGCCUCUGUUUAACUGGUUAUCCAAGGCUAAUGUAAAUCCUGAUCAGACUGUCUAAGAACUGGGUAGGCAUAAAUAGAAACUGUAUUUUGGCUGGAUAUUAUUCCCUGUGAGCAUGUCUGUUUUUGAGCUUGUGUCUCGUUUGUGUUUACAUACUGUACAUACAAUAAAUGGACUCGUGAAGAAAAAAUAAAAAUGCUCUGAUCAACAUAA